ACAACAUUUAUUGAGGUUAUGGAAAAAGUUCCGUAACACGUUUAAAAUUAACUAGAUAUUAAUCAGAAAGUGAAUUGCUGUAAUGGAAUGUGUCGAUUUUAGCGAAUUUCAGGAAACCUUGAAGGCUAUGAGGAAACCACACGAUUUAAUAAUUAACACAAUAAAUAGUACAGUUCCAACAGAUUCUUUUCACAUAGACCCAGUUGAAGCAUGUAAAAACUUACAUGAGAGUCUUGAAAAAGGUAAUAUCCAAAGGGAAGAUUAUAUUAAAAAAUGUAUUGCAAUCACUACUGAACGAGUUAAAAGACUUAGAGAACAAAGAGAACAAAAUUCUGAUGAUAUUCAAAUAUCCAAACAGUUGAGAGCCGAUCAGACUACAUUGAGAGUAUUACAAGUCGAACUUACUGUUGAAGAUUUAAUUAGGCAAAGAACUGCCAAAGUAUUCAAUGAACGAUGUAGAAAAUUUUACAAACCUUUAUGAUUGUUAUUUAUAAUACUUAAAGAAGUCUCAAAUGUAGUGUUCAUAUAUUAGAAUUUAUACUAUACAAAAUUAUUGCCUUUAUUUAUUAAAGUGUUAAAGUAAAUCAUCUGGGAACUUGAAUAAUUAUCUUAUAAUCUUCAAUUUCAUUUUUAUAGUCUGUUAUUAUGAUUGAGAGAGUAAUAAAAUGAUGAAGAAUGUAAUCCAUGGGUGUAUCAGUUGUUUUACUAGACAGAUUUUUCAAUAUUUUUGUAUGAAAUAACAUUUGUAUAAACAUGAUGAAUAUAUGGGGUAUUCAAUUA